CCCAAAUUAAACGACGAGGAAGAACUCCGUUUCCUGUAGAGUCAAAGUGCACCAGCUAGCUACGUAGCUAACAUCCCCCGAUAAGAGCGUUUCCUCCGUGAAGAUGGAAGUGAACCAGGCGAAGCAGGAACACCUACUCGCAUUAAAAGUAAUGCGGUUGACGAAACCAACACUCUUCACCAACUUGCCAGUGACAUGUGAGGACCGAGAUCUGCCAGGAGAUUUGUUUGGUCAACUCAUGAGGGAGGACCCCUCCACCAUCAAGGGAGCAGAGGCAUUGAUGCUCGGAGAGAUGCUCACGUUACCACAGAACUUUGGAAAUAUUUUCCUCGGUGAGACCUUCUCCAGUUACAUCAGUGUGCACAAUGACAGCAGCCAAGUUGUUAAGGACAUUCUCGUGAAGGCCGACCUACAGACCAGCUCACAGAGGCUCAACCUCUCUGCAUCAAACUCUGCCGUAUCGGAGCUGCAAUCCGAAUGCUGCAUUGACGACGUGAUCCAUCACGAAGUCAAAGAGAUUGGAACACACAUCUUAGUCUGUGCAGUCAGUUACACCACACAAUAUGGGGAGAAGCUCUAUUUUCGGAAGUUCUUCAAAUUCCAGGUUUUGAAGCCGCUGGAUGUGAAGACAAAGUUCUACAAUGCAGAGAGUGACCUCAGUUCUGUGACAGAUGAAGUGUUCCUGGAGGCUCAGAUCCAGAACAUCACCACCUCGCCCAUGUUCAUGGAGAAGGUCUCUCUGGAGCCCUCCAUGAUGUACAACGUGACAGAGCUCAACACGGUCUCGUCUGCAGAUCAGGGGGAGUCCACGUUUGGGAAGAUGUCCUACCUGCAGCCCAUGGACACACGCCAGUACCUGUACUGCCUGAAGCCAAAGCCGGAGUACGCGGAGAAGGCCGGCGUCAUCAAGGGUGUGACGGUGAUCGGCAAGCUCGACAUUGUGUGGAAGACCAACCUCGGGGAGCGUGGCAGGUUACAGACCAGUCAGCUACAAAGAAUGGCGCCGGGGUACGGAGAUAUCAGGCUUUCUCUGGAGAUGAUUCCUGACACUGUCAACCUUGAAGAGCCUUUCGAUAUUAUCUGUAAAAUCACCAACUGCAGUGAAAGAACCAUGGACCUGGAGCUGGAGAUGUGUAACACCAGGUCGAUCCACUGGUGUGGCGUAUCAGGGCGACAGCUGGGAAAACUCAGUCCCGCCGCCUUCCUCUCUCUGCCCCUUACGCUCCUCUCCUCUGUGCAGGGUUUGCAGAGUAUUUCUGGACUUAGACUCACAGAUACAUUUCUGAAGAGGACGUAUGAAUAUGAUGACAUCGCGCAAGUGUGUGUGGUCUGUCCAUAUACUAGCAACGAGUGCUAGAAAUUUUUAUUGAUUUUUGUUUUUGUUUUUUGCUUUUUAGAUAUAACUGGACCAACUGUGGAAUUCUGCAAUUUCACUCUUUUUUUUUUGCAAACUAAGUGGACAAUGCUGUAUUUUAAAAUGAAUUGUGGAUAAUAUAAAUCACUUCCUUUGAAAAUAAUAAUGUAAAUGUGCAUAAAUGUGAAUAAAAUCUCUGUAAUCUUUGAUUUCCUAUGGCUUUUAAAAACAUA